AUGCAGAGGUGGAAAAGUCAAUGCGAACUACCUCAAGCAAUUCACUGAAUACUGUGUCGAAAUCAUUGGCGAUCUCGUAAUCCAAGGACUAACAAAGCGUCCAAACGGGGUUGAAAAACUCAAGAAAGUCACAAAAAUAAAUGGACGUCUGGUAGUGAAGAGCAACACUGCUAUUAAAGACCUGUCAUUCCUUUCAGGCCUUCAGGAAAUCAAGAAUCCCUCUAGUGCACAACCCAGCUUGGAAGUUGCCGACAACGCCAACUUUGCUCUGAAAGGAUUGACGGCAAUCAAAAAAAUUCAGGCAACGUUUAUGUCAAGACUGAGAGAGCAUCAGACGUACAAGCGGAUGCAUGAAUUAGACAAGACACAGACAAUCACAGAGAAUCUCUUAACUACCACUGAGUCCGAGAUAACCUAUCCUAAACCAGAUUUCAAGCAGAAUCCCGAUGUAGCAAAGAGUGGUGGAAAAGCUGGAAGUGGUUUCAAUGCUACACCUUGGAUAGCUUUGGGAAUCGCACUGCUCAUCAUACUGAUUGCCGCUAUCGUAGUUGGAAUAAUAUAUUACAAAAGGAAUAUCGCAAAUGCAGCAUAG